CUUUUCCCCAGCACGCGGCGCUGCGCUCGCUUUUAUCUCGGAGCCGCGUCGCUUCGUGCGCUGCCAGCGGGGCUCAGCCAGUCGGCUGGAAUUGAGUAGCAUUCAUUGAAUCUGCGGAUUUCAUGACGUCUCUCUGCGUGGUCCACCACUUUUCUCCUAGCCGGGGAUAUUUUUUUUCUUCUGCCACUCUUAUCUUUUCCCACUUCAUUCCACCCAGUCUCCCUCCCCCGUCCCUGCCCAAACGCGCGCCCCUCCGCCCCUCCUUUGGCCCCAGCGCUCAGCCCUGCUCUCCGCGCUCGGCCAGAGGGAGCCAGUCCGGAGACGGCCGCACCUGGCUGGAGAGGCUGGGCGGGCGGAGGGGUGGAGACCCGCGGACGCCGGGAAGCCGGACCUGGAGCCGGAACAGCCGCGAGCAGAAUGGAGUCUCCUAACAGCCUCUCGGGGCUGAUGUGAAAUUUGACCAUCUGAUUCCAGUUUUUUUCUUUUCUUUUUCUUUUUUGCAUUUCCUUCCCUCGCCGUCCGUCGUGUAGUGAAUUGUUCAGUCUUGCUCCGUUUCAAGAGAGAUCAUGAUUGAGUGAAGCCACCCCGUCCGCAGCCAGGAAAAGCACAAAGAAGAAACUGCAACAAUGGCCAAGCUGACAGAAUCCAUGACUAACGUCCUGGAGGGCGACUCCAUGGAUCAGGACGUCGAGAGCCCAGUGGCCAUUCACCAGCCAAAGUUGCCUAAGCAGGCCAGGGAUGACCUGCCAAGACACAUCAGCCGAGACCGGACCAAAAGGAAAAUCCAGAGGUAUGUGAGGAAAGACGGAAAGUGCAACGUUCAUCACGGCAAUGUGAGGGAGACCUAUCGCUACCUGACCGAUAUCUUCACCACCUUAGUGGACCUGAAGUGGAGAUUCAACCUAUUGAUUUUUGUCAUGGUUUACACAGUGACCUGGCUCUUUUUUGGAAUGAUCUGGUGGUUGAUCGCAUACAUACGGGGAGACAUGGACCACAUAGAGGACCCCUCCUGGACUCCUUGUGUUACCAACCUCAACGGGUUCGUCUCUGCUUUUUUAUUCUCAAUAGAGACAGAAACCACCAUUGGUUAUGGCUACCGGGUCAUCACAGAUAAAUGCCCGGAGGGAAUUAUUCUUCUCUUAAUCCAAUCUGUGUUGGGGUCCAUUGUUAAUGCAUUCAUGGUGGGAUGCAUGUUUGUAAAAAUCUCUCAACCCAAGAAGAGGGCAGAGACCCUGGUUUUUUCCACCCAUGCAGUGAUCUCCAUGCGGGAUGGGAAACUGUGCCUGAUGUUCCGGGUAGGGGACCUUAGGAAUUCCCACAUUGUGGAGGCUUCCAUCAGAGCCAAGUUGAUCAAAUCCAAACAGACCUCAGAGGGGGAGUUCAUCCCGUUGAACCAGACGGAUAUCAACGUAGGCUAUUACACGGGGGAUGACCGUCUGUUUCUGGUGUCACCGCUGAUCAUUAGCCAUGAAAUUAACCAACAGAGUCCUUUCUGGGAGAUCUCCAAAGCCCAGCUGCCCAAAGAGGAACUGGAAAUUGUGGUCAUCCUAGAAGGAAUGGUGGAAGCCACAGGGAUGACAUGCCAAGCUCGAAGCUCCUACAUAACCAGUGAGAUCCUGUGGGGUUACCGGUUCACACCUGUCCUGACCCUGGAAGAUGGGUUCUACGAAGUUGACUACAACAGCUUCCAUGAGACCUAUGAGACCAGCACCCCAUCCCUUAGUGCCAAAGAGCUGGCCGAGUUAGCCAGCAGGGCAGAGCUGCCCCUGAGUUGGUCUGUAUCCAGCAAACUCAACCAACAUGCAGAACUGGAGACUGAAGAGGAAGAAAAGAACCUCGAAGAGCAAACAGAAAGAAAUGGUGAUGUGGCAAACCUGGAGAAUGAAUCCAAAGUUUAGUGCCCUAGCUGGGCAAACCCUUCUCUUCUCCCCCCCAACACAAUCUUUCCUUGUCUCUCAUUCUCUUUCUUUUCUGUCUCUCUUGCUUUGUUCUUUAUUUGUUUAUAUUUAAUUUUUACAUGACCAGAAAACAAAUCUUCAAGGUGUAAAAUAUCUACCUGCCCUCUCUCAGUUAUUCAGAUUGACAAGGUAGACAUGGAUUUGAUGAAGGUGCAAAGUGCCCUCAUUUGUGGCCCAAGCCUGGUCUCCUCCCAAAAUACUACACGUCCAACUCCUGGAGAUUUCAGUUACUUACCUGCAUGUGUUAUACAAUACCAGAUCACUCAAAAAGGUGUGUCAAAGAUUUUACCUGGGAUAUGACAAGCAAGGUGUCUGGUGCCUAUUUAUUCAUUCAGUGAGACACAGAGUGGAGCCCUCAGUUUUAUGGAUCCCAAUUCAUUUCAUCUACUACAGGGUGAGGUGCUUGCCCCCAUGUGGGUGUGGCAGUUACAGGGCCCAGGUGAGCUGAAGACAAACCACUGUACAUAUAUAUGCCUUAUGUAAUUAUUUUCUUUUUGUAGUUAGUAACAAAACCCAGCAUGUACAAAAGUACCAUAGAACAGAACUGCUAAAUACUGUACAUAGAUGUAUCAUUAAUGUAGGUUUAGAUAUAUAACUUUAGAAAUAAGAAGCAAAAAAAAAAAAAAAAGAAAGAAAGAAAGACAGAUUCCUAACAUGCAGUAGGCAUUUCUGUUUUGAUGUCUGUGUUUUCUAGGUUAUUUUGAUCCAGUUGAUGGCUGGCCCUUCAGUGCAUGGCCUUUGUUUGUGUCUCAGACUGGCAGACAUUAGGGUACCUCACUGUUCCCACGCUGAUCCUUUCAUUGAAUCUAACAAGCCAUAGGUCUGGGGGAAAUUGAGAGGUCUGGUAGAUGGCAAAACCCACCACCAAUAUGCUGAUAUACUGUGAAAUGUUACAAAACAGAUGUCUUUUUUUAAAAGAUAACAAGGGCCUCACUAACUGGCCUGGAGGAGGGGGAAUACCAGGAAGGAAAUAUUCUCUAGCCUGUCACCAAAGGUAUGUUUUACUUUUCACAUGAGCUCUUGCCCUUUGUAGUACAAUAAUUUAGGAAACUUUUCUGCAAAACCAUUGAUUCUCCAGCUGUAGUUUCUCUACACUCUUACGAUGAGACAUGGUAAGUUAGCAGAAGACGGUUUGGGUCUAAAGCCAUGAAAUUCACAAAGGCAUGUAGUGAGUGGCAUGCAUUAUAAUCAUCGACCUCUCACACUUUGACUCUAUCUGGCGUUCUGAGAAUGACAUCUCGCCCGUCCCUGGGGCUUAUCCAUCAGCAUUUCUUGCAUUGUGAUCUUUUAUUAUUUUGAAAUGACCAGAGUUUAGUAUUCAAAGAUUAGAUCAACAAUCUUGAUGAUUGUCUAAGAAAUGUCUCUAGAGUAUGCCACAGGUUAGAAAUCAAAUCCAGUGUCUCUCAAUCAAAAGAAAACAAAUAAAAAACUCCAGCCUUAAUUCACUUUAAUCUGCAAAAAGGAAAGAAGGGAGGAAGGAAGGAAGGAAGGAAGGAUAUUUGUACUAGAAAUCUGAAUUUUAAAAUGAAAAAAAUAAGGAAACAAAUCUUAGAUCAACCUCCGGGGCAGGUGGAGAUUUUGCACUGUUACAGAUCUUUCACAUUCAUUUUGCAUUUAUAAGCUGUUUGUUCUUUAACACAGUUGCCCAUCAUAAAUAUUCAUUGAAUGGAUCCAAGUUUAUUUUCAGCUCCUACAGCUGUGCUCAGUUUGAGGCUCUGAACCAUGGAGGUCAAAGAGAUCAAACUAGCUGUCCCUCUUUGUUUCCCUUGCCUUCCCUGACCUGAUUGCACAGGCCUUUGCUGUAGUCUGGGGACCUUGUCUACUCAAAAAGAAGUCCCAGGAUAAGGAAAGUGGCUCCUAAAUAUAACCUUGGGGCCUCUCUUCUCCCAUCUCAGAGACCUUGGAUCAGGACAACUGCCUCUUGGCACUGACUUUAAGGAAAACAAAACUGUUGGCCAUAGCCCUUUCCUGUUUGCCAGCAUUUCCUUUUUUGCAUUGAAUCUCUGUUGAAUCAUUUCUUUAUUUCGCACACUCUAAGAAGGAGAUGGUGGUCCAGAAGCAGGAAGCUCAAUACACUCCCCUUGAGGCUGCGGAGAGGAGCCAUGGCCUGACCUCUCUGCAACCUAAUGAAGGGCACACUUGGCUUGGGGAGCUCCCCUGCAGCCUUGCCAGGGUUGCAGGGCAGGCCAUGGCAGGCACAAAACAAGGUGGAAUAGGGGCUGCAAAAUGUCUUCUAAUUUAGCUCUUGAAGACUCACUGGGCCCUUUUAAUUCCAUUGCUGAGGUUUAAAGGACAGCACACACCCCUGUGUCUGGUUGGAAGAGCAAGCAGCUCAGGGCCUGAUCCCUGCUUGCCUGCCCUUUAGCACAACUGAACGAAGAGCCUUGACAAGACAUUGGCCACGUGCACCUGUCAGUUCUGUGUCUGUGACAGGCACCCGGAUGUGAGGUCUCUCCCUGUUUCUCACUGUCUUUGUUGUCAAUGUAGUUGGAGACAGAACUUGAACCAAAUCUCAUUUUUGUAAUGUGAGCCUCUGAAUCUUUAAAUGAGGAUGCUCCUGAAGAACCUUUUACUAGAAUGUCCCUAUCAAACAUGUCUAUUUUUCUACAGUUGUUAACACAGUUUAACAGUGUAUUUUGUGUCAACUGUUAAAAUUUGGAACUGAAAGUUCAUUGAGACUGAUUUUCUAAGCAGCGAGUAGUGAGUGAAUGGUGUUUUCCAUUAAGACAGCUCAACAAAAUUGACCCCACAAUUUCCACUCAUUCUAUUCCGCAAUAUCCAGUCUUCAUUCCCUCAGUCGCUCCAUUAGCAAACCAAGUGCAAUGAGAAUUUUUUAAAAAUCUCUUUUAAUACAACAGUAUCCAUAACUAAUGAAGACCACUCUCAACUUGAUCCUUUGGUCUGUUUGGUUAAUGUAUUUGAGUCACUUUUCCAUAAAGCAUGGUGGGAUCCGUGAGCCAGAUAAGAAUUUGGAAUUUAAGGGUUAUGGUUUGCCACAGUUGACCCCAAUCUGACAGAACAAAGUGCUCCUGGAUGGAAGGGCAGGUUCAGCUGCAAGCAUGACCCCCCACCACAAGGCUGCUGAGUGCCUCGGAUUCUCACCUCCACCCACCCCAACAUGCUCUCCAACUGGAAGAGCACCCAUUUAUUUAUAAAUCAACUUUAUGGAACCAAUAAAAUCAUUUCUGUUUUAGCUGUCCCCUGGGUAAGCUAUACUCUUUUACAUUAACAUAGCAAAUGUCAACCUUUCUGUUCCUUCAGACAUGGCCUUCCAGCCUGGUUGUUCCAACAUAUAUCCCCUUUAUGUCCAUGAGGCAGAACUCUCUCUCCCCCCACUCCCUUCCUCCAUCAUCUAUCCCCAUCCUUUGCUCUUUCCCUGGUUCUCCAGUUCCAAUUCUAUUGUUUUAGUUCAGUACCUUAUGUUCCCUAACAGAAAUCCAGCUGCAAAUGUCAACCUAUUUCUUAAGCACAAUUUCCUCUUGCAGGUCUAACAAAGCUAGGGCUCUGAAAUGUCUAUUUUUCAUUGUACUCCAAUUUAAAAAUUAUUCAUGACUUCAUUUCAUAGUCUAAAUUUUGAAUUCUCCAGAGCAACAUUCUUAUGCUUUCCAUCCCUACAUUUUCUU